GAGGACAAGGUGGUGCUCAACGUGGAGGUGCUGCUCACCCAGGACAGCCAGGCAGAGCUGCCAGCAGUCAAGGCCGCCGCGCUGGCCUUCCUCUCCAGCCUGUCGUCCAUCCGCUACUCAGAGGCGCAGCUGGCGCCGCCCCCCGGCCAGCACCCGCUGCUGGAUGCGCACGUGGAGUCGAUGCGGGUGGUGGAUGUUGGGGACAAGCUGCCGCCCGGCAAGCUGCUGCUGCAGUGGGACGUGGCGUGGAAUGUGCUUGUCUACCAGCUGGAUGCCGAGGGACCCGCAGACGACGACGAGUGCGACGAUGCCGCCCCCUCGCACCGCGAGUGGGCGCUGCCCGCGGCAGAGUUCCAGGGCCAGUGGGAGGCGCUCUACUACGAGGCAGAGAUCAAGCAGCGCCUGCUGCGCUACGCCACCUCGGCGCUGCUGUUUGCGGAGAGCAGGGUCAACCCGCAGCUCAUCAGCUGGAACCGCGUCGUGCUGCUGCACGGCCCGCCCGGCACCGGCAAGACGAGCCUGUGCCAGGCGCUGGCACAGAAGCUGACCAUUCGCCUGGGGGGCCGGUACACCCACGGCGUGCUCAUUGAGGUCAACGCCCACAGCCUGUUCAGCAAGUGGUUCAGCGAGAGCGGCAAGCUGGUGUCCCGCCUGUUUGCCAAGAUCCAGGAGGUGGUGGAUGAGCCUGAUGCGCUGGUGUUUGUGCUGAUAGACGAGGUGGAAAGCUUGACGGCGGCCAGGAAGGCGGCGGUGAGCGGGUCGGAGCCCGCAGACGCCAUCCGCGCUGUCAAUGCGCUGCUCACGCGCCUGGACCAGCUCAAGGCAGCGCCCAACGUCAUGGUUCUGACCACCAGCAACAUCACAGAGGCCAUUGACCUGGCCUUUGUGGACCGAGCCGACAUCAAGGCGUACAUAGGCAACCCCAACCUGCAGGCCAGGUACGAGAUACUGCGCACCUGCAUCGCGGAGCUGCAGCAGGCGGGCAUCAUCACAGACGGCACGCCGCUGCAGCCCUUCUCCGACGCCUGCUGCCAGGCGGAGGCGCCGGAGGGCGGCCAUGGCGCAGCUGCGGCCGCCAAUGGGAUCGCCAAUGGCUGCCGCCUGCUGGAGGCGGCACGAGCGGCCGACGGCUUCAGCGGGCGUACGCUGCGCAAGCUGCCGUUCCUGGCACACGCGGCG